AGCACAGCUACUGAUUCAACCACCUCCGUGGCUUACUAGCCAACAUAAAACUGAAACAUUGAAUCUCUGAAUAAUUGUAUAACGACACGAAUCCCAGUGUUUUAAACACAGCGCUGUUAAUGUAUGUACUAGUUGAUUUAAACUUAAUUCGCUUGCUAAAUUUGCUACGGAGCCUAGCACCAGGGUAGUCGAUAAUGCUAGCCAGCUAACAUCCCCGACCAUGAACUCACAAAGUUACUCCCCCCCUGCUGAAGAAGAGGUCUGCUGGAUGGAGAAAGAAGCUCUUAGGGUGAACGUUGUCGUAAAAGAGGAAGAUGAUGCUAUUACAGUGAAAGGAGAGGAAGAAACAUUCAGAAUGAAAAAAUAUAAAAUGGAGGCUAUCACGUUGAAAGAAGAAGAGGAUGUUAAAGUGAAAGAAGAGAAAAUACCGUUUGUUGUGAAAAAGGAAGAGGGGAUCGAGGCUGUCGCAUUGAAAGAAGAGGAGACUGAAUAUCUGGUUAACACACAGCCAAAAACAAGGCAAUAUGCUCUGUUUUGGCCCUCCCAGAGCUCUACAUUGAAAGAGGACAUCAGAAAGAUACAGGAAGACUCUUGUGUGGCACCCGUGAGUCCCAGACAGUUUGGUGGUGAUGACGACGCCAUUCACAACAACGGUGAACGGGACAUGAAGGACACCGAUUGGUUUCCUAGCAACAGACUGGAGGCGGAGUCGGCUCCAGAGAAGCACAAGCCAGCGCAGAGGGAGGGUGGUAACACAUCUCUCCCACACCCCUCCCCUGUCCCCGGGUCCCCGGGUCGUGCCUUAAUGUGGGGUCUGAAGAGGUUGUCUGUGCUGCUGGUGGACUGCAGGAAAACUCCAGGGCUGAGUAGAACUGUGAAAGGAGGAGAAGAGGGUGAUUCAAUGUCAUCAAGUAAGAACAACGGAGAAAGACCAGACUCAGAGGAACCAGAGCCAGAGACAUCAGCAAGACGACACCACUGCUCGCAGUGUGGAAAGAGUUUUACCCGGCUAUUAGACGUGAAAAGACAUGAGAAGACACACACAGGAGAAAAGCCCUUCCACUGCUCCCAUUGUGGACAGAGUUUUACCAGGUUAUAUAGCCUGAAAAGACAUGAAAGGACACACACAGGAGAAAAGCCCUUCCACUGCUCCCAUUGUGGACAGAGUUUUACCAGGUUAUAUAGCCUGAAAAGACAUGAAAGGACACACACAGGAGAAAAGCCUUUCCACUGCUCCCAGUGUGGAAAGAGUUUUACCUGUUUAUGGCACUUGAACAUGCAUGAGAGAAGGCACACAGGAGAGAAGCCUCACGGCUGCUCCGAUUGUGGAAAGACUUUUACCCAAUCAUGGCACCUGAAAAUGCAUAAGAGAAUGCACACAGGAGAAAAGCCCUUCCCCUGCUCCCAUUGUGGAAAGAGUUUUGCCCAGUUAGGGAGCCAGAAAGAACAUGAAAGAGUACACUCUGGAGAAAAGCCCUUCCAGUGCUCCCAUUGUGGAAAGAAUUUUACCUGGAUAGGGAACCUGAAAACUCAUGAGAGGACACAUACAGGAGAGAAGCCUUUCCACUGCUCCUUGUGUGGAAAGAGUUUUACUCAGGUAGGGGGGCUGAUAAAACAUAAGAGAAUACACAAAGGCGAGAAGCCUUUCCACUGCUCCCUGUGUGGAAAGUGUUUUACUCAGUUAUGGACUUUAAAAACACAUCAGUGGACACACACAGAAGAAAAGCCUCACACCUGCUCCCAGUGUGGAAAGGGUUUUGUUACGUUACGGGGCCUGAAAAAGCACGAGAGAAUACAUACAGGAGAGGAGAAGCCUUUUCAAUGCUCUCAUUGUGGGAAAGGUUUCAGACGAUCAGGGUAUCUAAAAUUGCAUGAAAGAACACACACUGAAGAGAAACCAUAUCAAUGCUCCCAGUGUGAAAAUACAUUCUUCUCCCCAGGGGACCUGAAAAAACAUGAGAGAAUUCACUCUCGAGAGAGGCCUUUCCAAUGUUCCCAGUGUGGAAAGAGAUUUAUUAAGUCAUCACAUCUGAAAGAGCACACAAGAAUACACACAGGAGAAAAUCCAUUCCAAUGCGCUCAUUGUGGAAAGGGUUUUAACAGGUUAAGGAGACUGAAAACACAUGAGAUGACACACAGGAAAAUAGCUUUUCCACUGCUCCCAGUGUGGAGAGUUUCACCCAGUCAAGAUACCUGAAAAAAAGCAUGCGCUAACACACUGCAGAGAAGCCUUGAAAGAGAGAAGCUAUUCCACUGCUCCCAGUGUGGAAAAAUAUUUACUGAGUUAGGGAACCUGAAAGACCAUGGACCCCACACUGUAGAGUUGCCUUACAUCUGCUCCCAGUGUGGAAAGAGCGAUUUCACAUAAACACAGGCAGUUUAGCUCGGUAGUUGGCUAAGUAAUUAAACUAGCUAGCUGGCUAGGUAGCUAAGCUAGCUAGUUAAGCUGGCUAGGUAGUUAAGUUAGCUAGCAGAGAGAAAAGUCUAUGACUAGGGUGCCUGGAGUCUUUGACAAUUUUUGGGCCUUCCUCUGACACCGCCUGCUAUAGAGGUCCACCGCCUGGUAUUGAGGUCAUGACGUCUCUUCUCCACAGUUCUAUGACGGUCUUAAGUACUCUGUUUCUGAGUCUGUAGAAUUGGAAUUGGAAUAUGUGACUGUGGGACACAGGGAGAGACUUGGCCAAACUUUAACAUCAAAAGGUUGAAUGAUGAAACCAUAUUUCUGUAAAUCCGGACAGUUCGAAAGGUCGAUGGGAAAUCAAGGAAUGACGUCGAAUUUGAUUCAUUUGGUGACCUCAUGAAAGACAGGAGACCCACAUUACUGUAUGUUUGUUUGUAUACACUUCUCAACUAUGGGGUUUGUGCCUGAAUGUUGUAUAAAAUAAAUGAUUAAGCAUAAGAAUAAGAAGAUAACAAUUUGAUUUUAGUGUUUGAAAUUAGAAUUGUUUUUCAUAACUUAUGAUCAGACAGUGGCAGUGGCAGUGGCCACCCCCCCCCCCCUGUGAGCACAGACAUUUACAAUGGCGUCAUGGAACACCCCCUCUCUACUCCAGUAUAAAACCCACUUCGGACCAAAUUUACAUUCGACGAAAAAGUCCCGGGUUGCUGCCGGUGUGUGAAGUGGUUCUAGCUGUGACCUGAAUCAUCAACCAUUGAGAUCAUAGAGCGGAAGUGACAUGGUUGGCCAUUUAAAUACAGACCAGAGGACGUAGGGACGCAGUCCAUACAUUACAAAUGGUUAAGAAGAAAAUCUCUACAAAACUGAACACUACGUAUUCCGUCUGCAGCUGUUUGAGUACCUUAGUCUGGUAAAUGCGACGGAUCGAACGACGAAUGGUACUCUGAAAGAUCCAUUCUGGAGAACAUUUCACUAUCGAACAACCAUUGGUACGCCUGACGUAUCCAUUAUAACAAGCUACAACUACGAAAGACUUUGAUCUCUGGUGGUCAAACCAGAGACUUUCUGUCGACUGAUUCAGCAGACAGACCGGCGAUCACAGAGAGUGACAACAAAGCUAUAAACUCGUAAAUAUGUAAAUUGCCAUUUAAUUUUCGAAUGGGCAGCUGUUCGUGUGCAAAAGAGUUGGCAUUUCCAUGAGCGUGGUUAUCAACCGUAUGUACAUGGGUCCACUUUGUUUCCCCCACUCUUUAUCGGUCCCCACCUCUUUCCUUUGUCUACCAAGCCGUCAUAUCGGUUUAGUCCACUAGGGACUUUUCAGUGCAUCAUGUGAGUAACCAAUGUAUAACCUGUCCUGUGUGUCUUUAUGUAAUUCUGUGUGAUUUAUUUAGUUAGUUAGUUAGUUAAUAAAUAAUUACACCAAUUUGAAUAUCGCUGAUUCAUAAUUUGUUAGGGUUCGUGCAGAUAUCCAAGGGUUUUGCGAAAUUUUGAAUAUGACUGAGGUAAUAAUACAUAAGUAAGUGACUAAUCAAUAAGAUAUGAAAAUAUCUGAAGAGAUUUCAAUUCGGGAAAUUGUAACUAUUUAAACAACAUUUUCCUGUGGUGCCCCUGACUCCCUAGUUAAUUUCUAUUCCGUGAUUGGUUUAAUCACAUGACAUGAAGUUAAUUUCUUUGCCACAUUUUUGGCAGAUUUACUUUAGUGCCUUUUACCAAAUUUUUUGAUGAAUAUUUGUAUUCUGUACAAGCUUCCUUCUUUUCACUCUGUCAUUUAGGUUAGUCUUGUGGAGUAACUUCAAUUGUUGUUGAUCCAUCCUCAGUUUUCUCCUAUCACAGCCAUUUAAACUCUGUAACUGUUUUAAAGUCACCAUUGGCUUCAUGGUGAAAUCCCUGAGCAGUUUUCUGCCUCUGGCAACUGAAUUAGGAAGGACGUUUGUAUCUUUGUAGUGACUCGGUGUAUGGAUACACCACCCAAAGUGUAUCAGCUAAAACACAAAGCCAACAAGCAACUUGACAGAUCUUAAAGAAUUUUAUGGAAUAAUAAUGUGCAAAUAUAAGACUGAAAGACUCCCAGCUGUAAUCUCUUCCAAAUGUGAUUCUAGCAUGUAUUGAAUCGGUGAUGUGAAUAUUUAUGUAAAUUAAAUAUUUAUAUUUUGCAUUUUCAAUAAAUUUGCAAACAUAUCACA